ACUACCGUUAAAACUUAAAGCAUAGACUCACUCAACUCUGAGUAUAUCAAAGGAGCCUGAGUCAACACUCAAACAUAAAGUACAAUUAAGCUGCAACUUUAGUCACAAACAAAAUAAAAUAUGUAUAUAGUAGAGAAAAACUAUGAAACCAACAAUUAGGUGUUAUUUAUAUCAUGAUGAACUUUGUAUAUAAAGAGAUAUUCAUGAUGAACUUAGUCUCAUAAUCUUUUUUCUUUGUUGUUGGUUCUGAGUUACUUUACUUCAGAUCAGAUUUGCAAGGAUUUGGAAGUUCCACAACUGACCUUUGGAGCUUAGAGAGGGAGAAAAUAGCUCUGUAGUUCUUUGAAAUAGAAUAAGAUGGAGGGCAAGUUCGCAAUCAAGAAAGACGCUACUGAAUUGAUUGGCAAUACGCCAAUGGUUUAUCUCAACAACGUCGUUGAUGGCUGUGUAGCCCGCAUUGCUGCCAAGCUAGAAAUGAUGGAACCUUGCUCUAGUGUCAAAGACAGGAUCGCAUACAGUAUGAUUCAAGAUGCAGAGGAAAAGGGCCUAAUUACACCAGGAAAGACUGUCCUAGUGGAGCCUACUAGUGGCAACACCGGCAUUGGAUUGGCAUUUGUUGCAGCAGUCAAAGGUUAUAAAGUAAAAUUAGUUAUGCCAAUUAUAAGCAGUCUCGAAAGAAGAAUGGUGAACCGAGCUUUUGGAGCUGAGGUGUACAUCGGAAACCCUGAAAAAGGGAUUCAAGGGGUUUUUGAUAAGGCCUUUGAGCUAGUAAAUGAGACCCCUAACAGCUACAUGCUUAAUCAAUUUGAAAAUCCAGCCAAUCCAAAGAUACAUUAUGAGACCACUGGCCCUGAAAUAUGGAGAGAUUCUGAAGGGAAAAUUGAUGUCUUGGUUGCAGGGAUAGGAACUGGGGGUACAGUAGCAGGUGCAGGGCAGUUUCUGAAGGAACAGAACCCAAAUAUCAAGGUUUAUGGGGUAGAACCAGCAGAAAGUGCAAUCUUUAAUGGUGGAGCACCAGGGAAACAUGCUAUCCAAGGACUUGGAGUUGGUUUUGUCCCAGAAGUUCUUGAUGUUAAGCUACUUGAUGAAGUUAUUCCAGUAUCAGGCCAGGAAGCCAUUGAUAUGGCCAAACUUCUAGCCUUGAAAGAAGGUCUGCUGGUAGGAAUUUCAUCUGGUGCUGCAGCUGUUGCGGCCAUUAAGAUUGCAAAGAGGCCUGAAAAUGCUGGAAAACUUAUUGCUGUUAUAUUCCCCAGCUUCGGAGAACGUUACCUUUCUACUGAACUAUUUGACUCCAUCAGGCAAGAGGCAGAGAACAUGACUUUUGACUAAACAUUAUUCAGAGUUUGCUUCAUCGUAAUUGUUAUGUAUUGGAUUUAGUCAUCCAAAUAUCAGAUCUUUCUUGUCACUUACUCAGCAACCAGAUUUUUACAAAAUAAAUUUCUCAUCUUCACUUGUGUUCUAAUGUAUUGAAUUCAGCCAUAAUUUAAUCAGAUCUUGAUAGCUGUUUAGUUAGUUUCAA